AUGGCGACCAGGAAACUCAGCAAGAGGACAAGAGUGUCGAUUAUUAUCGCCAUCUCGACCACUUUCUUCGUGUGUGAGCUUGUUGUCGCCUUCAAAACUAGUAGUUUGGCACUCUACGCUGAUGCCAUUCACUACCUAAAUGAUCUACUCGGCUAUGUGGUGACUCUGGUCGCCAUUGUUGUAUCUGAGCGCAGUGGCUCGCCUCAAGAGCUAUCUUUCGGCUGGCAGCGAUCUACGCUGCUUGGCGCCUUUUUCAAUGGAUCCUUUUUGUUCGCUUUAGCGCUCAGUAUUUUAUUCCAGUCCAUCGAGCGCUUUAUAAAGAUGGAGAAAGUCGAAGAACCCAAACUGGUCUUGAUAGUGGGUGGCGUAGGUCUCGCCCUGAACCUCGUCAGCUUUGCCUUUCUACAUGUCACGGCCACAGCCAUUCUCACGGACACGGGCAUGGGCAUGGGCAUGGGCAUGGGCAUGGGCAUGAACAUGAACACAGCAAACAAACCGAUGAAGUCCCUCAAGGGCGGCGAUGCCGAACUCCUAAAGAAUGGAGGCACCACUACCAGCAGUGCAACAGUUCUCAACUUACCAUCACCGAAAGCAUCAUGUGUCGAUAUUGAGGCCGACGGGACGACAUCGCCAAUAGCUGCUACCGAUUCCCACUCCGAACAUCGGCACAUUGUACACAUCGGCAAGGCGCCAUUAGGAGAUCUCAACAUGCUCGCCGCCAAGUUCCACGUCUUAGGGGAUAUUGCUGGGAAUCUGGGGGUCAUGAUUGCGGCAGCCAUCAUACAAUAUGUUCGCCCCGACACGACGAAUGAAUUCGACCCUAAAUACUACGCCGAUCCAGCCAUCAGCUUGGGCAUCGCAGCUCUCAUCUUUUGCACAGCAAUUCCAAUUUUGAGGGAGUCUGGCACCAUUCUUUUACAAAGUGCACCUGCUGGGGUCAUUCUCAUUCCUGGCGUUCUCGCUGUCCACGAGCUCCACGUCUGGAGACUUAACGAAGAGAAAUCCAUCGCCUCAGCACACGUUGUCGUUUCUGACCCGGAUAUGGCCAAGUUUAUGGACAGGGCAAAGACGAUUAGUGAAUGUCUUCAUGCUUAUGGUAUACACUCGGUCACACUCCAGCCAGAGCUGGUUAGGGCACCGCUUUUACCAACGGGAUGUCAGAUUUCUUGUGGGGGCGGCAUGUGUGAGAAGUUGGCUUGCUGCUCGGUGUCGGUCUCGAGUGAUGGGGGGCAUGAGUGA